GUAUUCUUACUUUUUUUUGUGCUGCAAUCUUGUAGGAGUUGUCUAUACAGGAUUUUCAUUACAUCGCAUGGUAAACAUCCACAUUUAUCUCCAUCAAAAUGUCAGACUCAGAGAGUAGUACCUCGAAUCCCAAAGAUGUCCUUUAUAAUUCCAUCCUCAACAAUCACACAAGAAACCCCCAAACACCCAUCACCCGCACUCCCACCCACAAAUCUACACAUUCCCGACGCGGCAGCACCACGCUCCAAAAUACCCCAACCCAUCUCUCACAAAAAGAAACCCGAGAUCCAAAUCUGGACAUCAACCUUCCCUAUCGAACUCUCAGUUCCAAUGCCAAUCUUUCCGAAUACACAACCGAGAAAGCAGAAGGUGAAAUCCCCUCCGCGAGACGAAAUGGAAAGAGAGAUUAUAAACUCGUUACUUUUCUUCCUGAUGAUCCGGAAAAUCCCAAAAAUUGGUCAAAGGCGUUUAAAUGGUAUAUUACCAUGGUAGUUGCAUUGACGUGUUUUGUGGUGGCCUUUGCUUCCUCGGUUAUUACGGCGGAUUUGAUUGGAGUGGAGGAGGAAUUUGAUGUCUCGGAGGAGGUGGCUUUGGUUAGUAUUACGGUUUUUGUGAUGGGUUUUGGUAUUGGUCCAAUGAUGUUCGCACCUCUUUCCGAAGUCGUCGGUCGCCGCUGGAUAUACGGCGUUACAUUAUUCCUCGCCGUAAUCUUCAUCAUCCCCUGCGCCGUCGCUCAAAACAUCGAAACCCUCCUCAUCUGUCGCGCUCUAGAUGGGAUCUGGUUUUCCGCCCCCAUGACCCUCGUAGGCGGCACCCUCGCCGAUCUCUGGCGCACCGAAGAACGCGGUGUCCCCAUGGCGGCUUUCUCCGCCGCCCCUUUCAUCGGUCCUGCAAUCGGUCCUCUCAUCGGUGGAUUCCUCUCCGACGCAGCAGGUUGGCGCUGGCUCUACUACAUCCAAAUAAUCUUCGCCUUCGUCGUCUGGAUUCUCAUCACCUUCACCGUCCCCGAAACCUACGCUCCUACAAUCCUGGCACAACGAGCGAAAAAAAUGCGCGAGCAAACCGGCGAACAGGAACACGUCACAGAACAAGAUCUCGAUCUGAGACCCUUCGCAGAACGUCUCCGUAUUUUCCUCAUCCGUCCUUUUCAACUGCUUUUCGGAGAACUCAUCGUCUUCCUCAUUUCUGUCUACAUGAGCGUCCUCUACGGUCUCCUCUACAUGUUUUUCGUCGCUUUCCCCAUCGUCUAUCAAGGAGGAAAAGGGUACUCCGCAGGCACCACAGGACUUAUGUUUAUUCCUCUCGCGCUCGGGGUCAUCGCAUCGGCUUUAUGCGCACCCAUCGUAAACCGAAAUUACAUGACCCAAGUACGCAAAUACAAUGGACAUCCCCCAGCCGAAGUUAGACUAAUCCCAAUGAUGUGUUCAUGCUGGUUUAUCCCCAUCGGUCUCUUUAUAUUCGCUUGGACCUCCUAUCCCCAUCUCCAUUGGAUCGGUCCCGCUAUCGGUGGCUUUCCCGUCGGAUUCGGAUUUAUCUUCCUCUAUAACGCGGCGAAUAAUUACUUGGUUGAUUCCUAUCAACAUCAAGCAGCAUCAGCGCUCGCGGCGAAAACUUUUCUGAGAUCGUUUUGGGGAGCUGCGGUGGUGCUUUUCACGGAACAAAUGUAUGCGCGAUUGGGAUAUCAGUGGGCGAGUUCGUUAUUGGCGUUCAUAGCGUUGGCAUGUUGUGCGAUCCCGUUUGUGUUUUGGGUGUGGGGAGCGAAGAUUAGAGAGAAGAGUCGGUUUGCUUAUGGGGGGGAGGAUGAGGAGGGGGGGAGGAGAGGGGGAGAGGAGGAGUUGGAGAGGCAGAGGAGUUAUGUUAGUACGCCUUAA